ACCUGCCCCCGCUCAUCUCCUUGAUAAAGCUGGCACAAACCUCCCACAUCAAUCCGCAUUUCUUCUUUCACAAGAUGAGGAGCCGCUCCCUCUCUCCCUCUUCCUAGACGGCGGCGGCGGCUACUUCAUCCUCUUCGUCUUCGACCGCCCCGCCUCUCCGACCGAAUUCAAGCAACCAGAUCCUCCCGGCCGAUCAAGCCCACCUCCGUGCUUGAGGACCAUGGGACGUGAUCGUGACUUCAGUGAGGAAGUGAAGCUCAAAUGCUGGGAUAAGGCAGAUUUAAUCAUGGGGCGCGAUCCAGCAAGGUGGCGCUAUGACAGGAUCGGCACCCCUGUGAUGAAGGACUUCCAUGGCAAGAAUGGUUUAUGUGGUUGGCAGUAUGACCACGAUACGCCAGUCUCAAGGGGAGGCACGUCGGAGCUGAGCAAUUGCCAAGUCAUGCAGACUAUGGCCAACAAAAGCAAGUCCAGCCGGGUUCAUUUACCUGAUAGGCUUGCUCAAUCAGCCUCCAACAUCCAGCUGAACCAGGAGCAACGAGACAUGAUCGAGAUGGCCUACUAUGGCAACGUCCAUGAUGAAACCGGCACACCAAUAUGCAGAUGCAUUACCAAGCAUCAGGAAGCUGUGGGUUCAAUCAGAGAUCACAUCCCGGCGUGCGAGGUUAAGGAACCAAUGUGCCCGCCUUGUCCCAAAGAAAAGACACGGAGCCAAAUUUGCUGUGGAGACAAGCAAGAGAAUUUCAGGAGAACAGUGAAGAACGAUGACAAGUGAAGACUACAGAAUCAGCUUCCAAUGUGACCAGGAGCCUCAGGGUCUUCUGUCUCUUAGUUAUGGAAAACAAUGCAUAUGUUUCUUUACUUCUCAUCCUCUGGUUAUGUAAUGAUGCCCUUAUCUGCCUUGCUACCUUAUUUAAUUUGGGACCCAUUUGGAAAGACUUGCUGGCAACUGGAUUUUUCCUUUUCGGCCAGUCAAAUUUGUGGCCGCAUAUUCAAUGCGCUUUUGUGAUA